UCUCUCCGCAGGCUCUGGGACGGGAACACACUUCUCAGAGACUUUUCCCCGACAAACUUACGGAGUCUCUGGAAGAUGGCCUGAAGGCUCCGGAGUGCUCCAGCGGCAUGUACAAAGACACCGUCUACUCCGCCUUCAAUCUGCUCAUGCAUUACCCACCCCCCUCGGGAGCAGGGCAACAUCCCCAGCCGCAGCCACCGCUGCACAACAAGGCCAAUCAGCCUUCCCACGGCGUUCCCCAACUCUCUCCUCUCUAUGAACAUUUCAGCAGCCCACACCCUACACCAGCACCAGCCGACAUCAGCCAGAAGCAAGGAGUUCACAGGCCUCUGCAGACCUCUGACCUCUCUGGCUUCUACUCUCUGACCUCAGGCAGCAUGGGACAGCUCCCCCACACUGUGAGCUGGUUCACCCACCCAUCCCUGAUGUUAGGCUCUGGUGUACCUGGUCACCCCGCAGCCAUUCCCCACCCAGCCAUUGUGCCCCCUUCAGGGAAGCAGGAGCUGCAGCCCUAUGACCGCAGCCUGAAGACGCAGGCAGAAUCCAAGGCAGAGAAGGAGGCCAAGAAGCCAACCAUCAAGAAGCCACUCAAUGCCUUCAUGCUGUACAUGAAGGAGAUGAGAGCCAAGGUCAUUGCAGAAUGCACGCUCAAGGAGAGCGCUGCCAUCAACCAAAUCUUGGGCCGCAGGUGGCACGCGCUGUCGCGAGAAGAGCAGGCCAAAUAUUAUGAGCUGGCCCGCAAGGAGAGGCAGCUGCACAUGCAGCUAUACCCAGGCUGGUCGGCGCGGGACAACUAUGGGAAGAAGAAGAGGAGGUCGAGGGAGAAGCACCAAGAAUCCAACACAGACCCUGGCUCGCCUAAGAAAUGCCGUGCUCGCUUUGGCCUCAACCAGCAGACGGAUUGGUGUGGUCCAUGCAGGAGGAAAAAGAAAUGCAUUCGGUACUUACCCGGAGAAGGCCGCUGCCCCAGCCCCGUUCCUUCCGAUGACAGUGCUCUAGACUGCCCCGGGUCCCCAGCCCCCCAGGACUCGCCCUCAUACCUCCUGCUGCCCCACUUUCCCACAGAACUGCUUGCUAGCCCUGCGGAGCAGCGCCUACAUCACCAGGUCUCUCGGCUGCUCUCAGCCUCCCAGCCCCUUGGGCCCCCUAGGCCCCUCACAGCGACCUACAGAGCACAGAGGUACAGCAACAGGAGCCUCAGAGACAGGCAGCCUAGCAUGCACAGGACACACAGCCUCCUCCAGGGGUCCACCCUCUGAGAGGAGACGGCAGAGCCCCAAAGCCCGUGGAAACCGGCCAGGGGCCCUGUUAGUUCCCUCUCAGGGUCCAGGCCCUGGAGAUUUCAGAGGCUGCACAACUUCUGCCUGAAACUGGGGCCAUCUAUUCAAACUGCUCCAAAUGGUGGGAAUCAGAUCUGUGUUGUGCCAUCUGAUAUGCCUAUGGCGGCCUGCAUCUAUUCUUCUCACAUCUGUCUUGCUAGCCAGAUGCCCCUGCUUCCCUUGCUUUUCUGCUAUAGGUCAUAGGUGGGCUGGACUGAGCCCAACUGCUUUCCCCACCCUGCCCCCCCCCAACCCCACCACUGCCAAGCCCUCCCCAUACCAGAUAUUUCAUGGACCAAGAAUGAGCUGGUUUAUCAAACAACAUGUGAGCAUGGUCACAACCACAAAGCUCAAGACAACAGAAGCCAUUUACAGAAAACCAGCUGCUAUCUCUAUGAUGGACCAGAGGAAACCUCUUGCCACAUUCUCAGGAGCUUGCAAGAAGAGAAGCAAAUGGAAUUGGUUAGCUUUAGGCCUGUCACCCUAGGCAACAAGAAUAACCUGACACUACCUUAUCAGGCAAGUGUGGGUAGUGGGGGUAUGCAGAUCUAGUUCAAAUUACUUGGAAAUGUUUCCUGAGAAACUCGAUCACUUAAGACUCCCUGAUACCAAAAGGCCUCAGUCAUUACUGGCUGCAAUCAAAGGUUCAAGUAAGUCAUGGCUCAAAAUCCAGUGUGCAUCCCUCCCCCUUUUGAGAGCCUUUUUCACAGCUCCAGUUCCAGCUUAUCCAUGUCAGUCUAGGCAGCUCUCAGUUCUAAGACAGGGCAAACCAAACCUCAAGACAGCCAGUGCCUAUCUUCCAGCAUGAAACUAGGCCAGCUUCAGUUUCCCUAUGGGGCUGCAGGAAGGAGGACCAUCACAACCAAAGCAAGGCACCCAGAAAACCUCUCGUGGUGGACAGUGGGUUUUCACCACAGCCUACUUUAACCCACUUCUGAGCCAAGCUUCAAUUGAGCCUUAAAAAAAUUUUUUUAAUUUAAUUUAAGUUGUAUUUUUUUUGCCUCCUCUUCACUGUACAUAGCCUGAAUCCAAAGAAAAAGGGCUUUUCCUGUACCCACACACUCCCCCUCAACAAAAGCCUUUAGUUCUUACUUUACCCACUGGCUUCUCAGAAUCCAAAGAUCUAUAUUCUAGUGUAGCAUUGCAAGAAAUCUUGAGGAAAAAAUGACCAUCGUAGUAUUCAAACUAUUUUUGUAUUGGUAAUGCGUAUCAUAGAAAAACUUUUCUGACUUGAGAAUAAAGAUAAUUUUUACUGGGUUUCUUUUUUAAAGCUUGACCCUGAGGAAUAAGCUAUUUCAGUAACAGUAUGUAUGACAUUUUUCUUUCCCCUACAGCCACAAAACUUGGCGCUUAUUCUCUAUUAUGGUAAACAUGUUGUCAGGACUUUGAACCUACAGAAGCCAGGGAUUACUCUUGCCAUCUCCCCUUAGAUAGGUCCUGCCACAACUGAGAGAGAGGGGCUCACGCUAGGUAUAAGCUCCCAUUCCAAUCUCUGCUCAACCCUUCAAUCCUCUGACCUCACAUCUGAUUGCAGGCACAGGCCAGCCUGCCACCAUUGCUCUUAUGAGAAUGGGCUGGAAACUGCCACCCAUAGCCCCUAAAACAGUCCAGCCAGAAACAUGCACAUCACCAUUGGGCUUCAUCUUCCUCUGAGGGCAGAGAGAAAAGACCCAACACUCCACAAGUACAUACCCUAUUUAGAGGAAAACAAGGACAAAGAGGACUCUUACUACUUUGUAUCAUCCAUCAUAAAAUCCAAAAGGGGUAUUUUAAUAGUACCCUUACCUCCCAAGACUAUUAAAGUGCUUGAAGCAUUUCCUGAAGUAUUCAUAUUUUUAUACAAAACCUCUCAAGUUUGAAAAAACCUAUUUAACACAGUAACUUCCAUCAUGUUAAAGUAUAUUUUUAAUUUCUUGAGAACCAUCAUGAAUGUAAAAGGUGUCUGUCAUAAAGCCAUUGCAAUAGGUCAGUCAACCAUUAGAAUACUGGGCAAGAAGUGUAUCCCAACAGCCAACCACUGGGCCACCAUCAUGCAUUGUAAUUUUUACUUCAUUGAGUUAUAUUUUUUGGAUUUUAUGUUUUAAAAUAUUUAUAAAUAAAGUCAUCUUCCAGAGAAGUGUCUAUUUAAAAGUAGGCCACUGGAAGCGGUAA